AUGUCGACAGCUUCUCUUGCAAUCCCUUCCACAGGGAGUCGCUUCGUGCGUCGCCUCUCAUCCACCGAAGCCACCCGCGAGAACAUCAAGAUGGGUCCAACCGUCGUCGUUCCCCCUCAACAUCUCAUGGCCCCAUCAAACGCAGCGGAAGUUGCCAGCGGCUUCGAGACGGCUAGACGUCAUCUUGAGACCCCUGGAUCACCUGGCUACACACCUCCCGAGACUUCAGUUACCGACAAAUACGCAUUUGCUUUCGAUAUCGACGGUGUCCUCAUCCGAGGUGGUCGUCCAAUCCCGGAAGCCAUCGAGGCUAUGAAGAUACUCAACGGCGAGAACGAAUAUGGUAUCCAAGUACCGUACAUAUUCGUAACCAACGGUGGUGGCAAGACUGAAGCCGAGCGCUGCGUUCAGCUCAGCAAGCAGUUGGAGAUGGAAGUCUCGCCGGGACAAUUCAUCUGCGGUCACACUCCCAUGAGGGAGAUGGCAGAAAAGUACAACACCGUUCUCGUCGUCGGUGGUGAGGGCGAGAAAUGCCGUAUUGUCGCCGAAGGUUACGGCUUCAAGGAUGUCGUCACUCCUGGAGACAUCAUCAAGGACAACCAGGACACUACGCCGUUCCGCAAACUUACAGAGGAGGAGUAUAAGAACUCGCGAACCCGAAAUUUUGCCGAGGUCGAAAUUGAGGCCAUCUUCGUCUUCGCCGACUCCCGCGAUUGGGCUUCAGACCAACAGAUCAUUCUGGACCUGCUCAUGUCAAAGAAGGGUCGUCUUGGCACUAGGUCAGCCAACUAUGACGAGGGUCCACCAGUCUUCUUCUCACACAACGACGUCGUCUGGAGUGCUUCACACGACCUUACUCGCAUUGGUAUGGGUGCUCUCCGCGUCUCUCUCGAAGCUAUGUUCAAGGCCGUCACCGGUCGCAACCUUGAGACAACCGCCUUUGGUAAACCUCAGAUCGGCACCUUCCAAUUCGCUACUCGUCUCCUCAAGGAGUGGCGCAAAGAAACUCAUGGCAUCGACGCGGCUCCUUCAACUGUCUACUUCGUUGGUGACACACCCGAGUCCGACAUCAGGGGUACCAAUGAGUACAACGAGCACACCAAGGACGCCAACUGGUAUUCGAUCCUCGUCAAGACCGGUGUCUUCCAAGACGGCACCCAGCCCCGCUUCGAGCCCAAAGCUAUUGUCAACACCGUUCUCGAUGCUGUCAAGCAUGGCAUGGAGCGCGAGUACAAGAAGGCUCUCAAGGAGAGUAUGAUUGCCACUGGUGUGCUUGAGGACUAG